AUGGUAAAUUCAGGAGACAAUAAGAAAAGGACAGUCGAUCUUACUCAGUCCCCGACUAAACCUACUACAACUAAAAAAAAUGAUGAAGAGCUGAAUAAAAAGAAGCAAAAGCCACUUAGGUUACGAAAUGAACGCUACAAAUUUGCACCAAUUGAUACUUUAAGUUCCAAAAAUAAAACAAAUACUGUGCAUUCAAUAUCUGUUACUCAAUUAAGGAGGUCCAAGAAAACAGAUAAAAUUGUCAAUGAGCUUUCCGAAGAAUUGCAAGAGUCAGGCUCACAUGAUACCAGCAUUCCACGGUCCAAAUCGAUGAUUGUGAAUUCAAAGCAGCAUGGUAAUAUGAGUAAUAUUAGAGGACACAUACAAAAACAGCUAUCAGUGCCUGAACCUUUAACGACUCAAAAAAUGUAUCCGGAAGAAGAGGUAAUAUGGCGAUAUACUCCACUGCAUAGUGAUAAAUCGGAUAAAACUAACCAUGAUCCUGAUUCCUCUGAACUCAACUAUAUUACCAACGGUCCAUCAUCUACUCCAAUAGUACCUAAUAGAUGGAAGACAAUUAUCAAUCUUAACAAUAUGAACGAUAGUGAUUCUGUUCUUAAUCGUAGAUCAGAAACCGCUCAUAGAUAUAAUAAUGAGGAGCAAAAUUCAAGAGAUAUAUACCAAGUGGCAUCUGAGGACCAGCAAAUGUCUGGGAUACCUUUGGACCUUCCUUCAUCACCGGAUAAGGGUCUUGAAUGCCAAAAUAGUAAUUGUCGACCCAUGCGAACUAACUACAGCUCUCAAGAUAAAAGCACUUCAACUGAUAAUGCAGGUGAUAAACGUAUUCAUGAUAUAGAUCAAGGAUUUGAUAGUGAUGAAGAGCUUUUACAGGCAACAUCAAAUACAAGCAAUUUUCAUAUAGGAGAUACAGAAGAAGAUGACGAUGAUUUGUUAGACGAGUUGUUAUCGCAAGAUAGCAAACGAAAGCCAAUACCAAAACUAAAUUCUAAGUUAGCAUCAAGCGAUUUACUAGAAAAGGAACACAAUUCUGAAAAAUGCCAAGAUUCUGAUAACUCUGAAAAUUCUGAUGACUCUUUAGUGGACUAUUUAGAACAAACACAAGUAUUACCAUCUAACAAGACGCCCUUCCCUAAAAAUGAAGCAAUUUCUUACAAAUCUAAAGAUAAAAGUGGAUAUAACUCUAGAAUUGACUCAACAAUUUUGCACAUGCCGAGCUGGGUGAUACAUAAGAAAGGCUUCCAACGACUACUUAUUAUUAGUAUUAGUGAAAUGAACUUAGACAAGAUUGGUAGACAAAAGAUAUUGAUCUGUAAAGAAUCAAGUAGCUCUACUUGCUCAGUUAUUGUACGACAUCCGUGGGUGUACCUUGACUUUAAAGAAGGAGAUAUUAUUCAUAUUAUAGAAGGUAAAAACUGUGCCAAUAAGCGUUUGUUGUCUUCAGAUGUAGAUCCUGUAACUCAAAAAGUUAAUGACAAUUUACUAAUCUUGAAUCCUGAUAUCCUGUUAUCUGCCACCAUGGUUGGUACAUCGAUUGAUUGUCCUCGAAAAGCGUUACUGAAUGAGUUUUUUCAAGAUUGUAGAGAAGAGCCAAGUCUUCCAAUCCUUAUAGGUAAUAUUGUCCAUGAGUUGUUACAAGAAGCUUUCCGAAAAAAGGUGACUGAUAACAGUAUUACACUCGAGUAUAUGCAAUCGAAACUGAAUGAUCUUUUAGAUGGUUUUCAUUUUUCAAUAGUAUUAUGUGGAGAAAAUAAAGAUAGUGUAAAAACAAAAAUAAUGGAAGACCACUUUUCAAACAUUUUUGAAUUUGUGAAAAAAUAUGUCUCUAAGAGUAGCUAUGGAUGUUAUGUACCUGUCUCAGGAACAAGGAGAACCGAACCAAUUUCAAUUUCGGACGUGAUAGAUAUUGAAGAGAAUAUAGUCUCACCAAUGUACGGUUUUAAAGGAUUUUUGGAUGCUUCUGUAGAAGCAUUAGUAGAGAGAAACCGUUUUAUUGUGCCUCUGGAAAUUAAAACUGGUAAAUCUAGAAGCAUAGCACAUGAAGCUCAAGGUCUAAUAUAUACUCUAUUGCUGAAAGAUAGAUAUGAGAUGGAGGUUGAUUUUUAUCUGCUAUAUUAUACUCGAGAUAAGACGAUGAAUAAAUUCCCUCAAAACAUAAGUUCCAUUAAGCAUGUAUUAAUGGCUCGAAAUCAGUUAACUACCUACUUAAAGCAUUAUUUAAGUGAAAUUUCUGUGAAAGAAAUACAGAAUUUGAAACUACCACCAGUUUUGGGGAAUUCAUUCUGCGAUAAUUGUUAUUUGAAAGAUAUUUGUGAUGUGGUAGAGCAAUUAACAAGUGAUAUUAGUUUCGAUUCGAAGAAAUGUAGUGCUGGCAAUGAAUCAAGCUUAACAAGACAAUUUUCUGAAUCACAAAAAAAGUUUUUCAUAAAGUAUAAUGACUUGAUUACAAAAGAAGAAUCAAGUUAUAAAUGUCUCAGCCACGAGCUAUUUUUGAUGGAUAGUAUUGAUCGCGAGAAAGAUAGCGGAAAAUGUUUGAGUAAUCUAGUUGUAAAAUCGUAUGAAAACUCGCUUACAGGGAGAUAUCCAUUUGUGAUUACUUUUAAAAGAUCAUAUUCGUCACCAAUUGGCCCAUUCUUUCUAUCUUCGCAACUUACUAGAGAUGAUCAUGUCUUGAUCAGUGAUGAAGGAGGUCAUUUUGGAUUGAGUCAAGGAAUUGUUAUAUCAGUUGAAGACAUGGAGAUUACAGUUGCUGUUAAUAGAAAACUCUUGAACAAUAACAUCUCGGAAGGCGAUACUGGUACAAAAAGGGUAAUAAGUGCUUUGCAUACCAGCUUGGACACGAAUGCACUUUUGAGUACUCAAAAUCAGAUUACGUAUAGGAUUGAUAAGAAUGACAUACAACAAGGAUUAUCAAUGGCGAGGUACAACUUACUGAAUUUAUUUAAUACCCCAAUCCAGGAACCAAUUAUUAUCAAGGAUCCUUUAACUCAAAAAGAUCGUGCUCUCAAAUCCUCUGAAGGUGGUGAUAUUAAGACAAGAUUACUUCUCGUUGAUGGAAUCCCUCCAAAAUUUCGUGCCUCUUCUAAAUCACCUAUGGUACCAUAUAAUCCAGGCACUCUAACCAAGUUUAAUGUUGAUCAAAAGGCAGCUAUUGAUAAAGUCAUGAGAGCUGAAGACUAUUGUUUGAUUCUUGGUAUGCCAGGUACAGGUAAAACAACUGUAAUUGCUGAGAUUAUCCACAUACUAGUGAAAAAUAAUAAAAGUGUCCUAUUAACCUCUUAUACCCAUUCUGCGGUUGAUAAUAUUAUGCUCAAAUUGAAAAAUUAUAACACAAAAAUGUGUAGACUAGGAUCAAGAAGCAAAAUCCAUAGUGAGAUUAUUCCAUAUAUUCCAGACUAUUCGACUAUAAAGACUUUAGACGACUAUGUUGAAUUUAUUGAUAAUAUACCUGUUGUUGCUACAACAUGUUUAGGGAUUAGAGAUACGAUGUUAAGUAUGAGAACAAAAGAUUUUGAUUAUGUUAUAAUUGAUGAGGCAAGCCAAAUUGCUUUGCCUAUUGCUUUAGGUCCGUUAAGAUUUGCGGAUAAGUUUAUUAUGGUGGGUGAUCACCUUCAGUUACCUCCAUUGGUCAAAAGUGAAUCUGCCAGAGUAGGUGGCUUAGAGGAUUCUAUGUUUAAGAUAUUGUGUGAACGGUUUCCGGAAGCUCUUUGUGAGUUGACUUUCCAGUACAGAAUGUGUGAUGAAAUUGUCAAGUUAUCUAAUCACUUGAUAUAUGAUGGAAAGCUGAGAUGUGGUAAUGAAGAAGUUGCUGUUCAGCAAUUGGGAAUAAAUACGGAUAAUUUAGCAGCAUAUAUAAACCCAAACUUGUCAGCAGAUAGUUGCUGGCUAGAGAGUGUUUUAUCUCCAAAAAAUAAGGUGCUAUUCUUAAAUUAUGAUGCGUCCAAAUCAAUUACUGAAUCAGCUGAGAAGGACAAUAUUACAAACGCUGGUGAAAUAGAACUAACUAGGCAAUGCAUCGAAGGCAUGAUAGAGUCAGGUGUCGCCCUUAAAUCAAUAGGUGUUAUGACCUUAUAUCGAGCACAGCUACGUGCCUUGAAAAAAGAAUUUGAGAACCAGCGAUAUGAUGGUCUAGAGAUUUUGACAGCUGAUCAAUUUCAAGGGCGUGAUAAGGAGUGUAUAAUAAUAUCGAUGGUAAGAAGUAACGCGCAGUUCAAUGGUGGUUCGUUAUUAAAAGAGUUGAGAAGAGUAAAUGUAGCAAUGACCAGAGCAAAAUCUAAGCUCAUAAUUAUUGGAUCUAGAAACACAAUUGGGUCGGUAAAUGAGAUGAAGUCAUUUUUCCAGCUAUUAGAGAGGGAGGGAUGGAUGUAUGACUUGAAUAGUGACUGUUUGGAUGCGUAUAGAUUUCCUAAGUAUGCCAGUGUCACUAAGGAAUCUACUAGAGUUGCAACCAACGUUAAGAAAUUAGGAGGCUCUAAGCCGAUUGACGAAAAUUCAAGGGUAUUACGCGACAAGCCUAUUAUACGCCAAGUUCUUGGUGAAUAG